CCCUCACCCAUCAAUUCACCCUCACCCAUCAAUCCACCCUCACCCAUCAAUCCACCCUCGCUCAUCAAUCCACCCUCGCUCACCAAAGCAGCUGCCUGCUUUCCUGCCUUCCUGCCUGCGUGUCCAAUCAGGUAGCCGGCUGGGCGAACCUUCUUUUCUGACCCGAGGAAUCCGCCGCACCUCUCUGUCGGCCGCCGCUCCUGCCUCUCUUCAGAUCCGUUUGGACCUGCAUCUUGCUGCAGCUCAACCUCUUCGGCUACCGUCCUGCGCCAUUCGCACCGACCGAGUCCUUCACUCGCCACUGGGCUCCCUCUCUGCCGCCACAAAACCAUCCACCGCCGAUCCCGCUCUCUGUCGACUCGGCGAUUUGCCAUUCGCCGCCACUGCAUCCGAUUCGGCCGUCUGUCGACCGUCCCGCUGUACCGGCCGCAUCCCCUACUUCCGUCCCAGUCCUGCCCGCACCGCCGUAUAGUUCGCCGCCGAGAUGGAAUCGCACUUCGAGGACCUGAGAUCGCUGGUCCCGGCACGCUCUGCGUCCAACUCGGACUCGGAUGUUUCGUCCUCGGAUAUGAUUGCCAAGCUGCAGGUCGAGAUUGAGUAUCUCAAGGAGGCCCAGGAACGCAUCACCCGCGAGCUGCGGGCCAAGGAGCAGCAUCUCAGCUACUACAUCCAGAAGGAAAAGUUCCUGGCCGACCAGUCUCGUCUCUCGGCCUCGCAGCCGUCUCUGUCGGCAGCGUCCUUCGCCCCGGAUAAACUCGACUCUCGUUGGGACGGCACCCGAGAAGGCAUGCUUGGCACCAAUCCAGCGCUUGCGCAUUUCGACGGCUCAACCCAACCGCUGUCGUCCUUUGCCAACUCGGUCUUUGCCGGAGUCGCUGCUCCCAUGAAUGCCUUGGGAGAAACGUCGCUUGUCCACGGAUCCAACUUGCUGGUCUCGGCGCAGCCCCGGCCAGGCGCCCCGUCUUAUCCCGAACGGCUACCGAAUCUGUCCGGCGUACCGAAUAUGUCGGGUCUGUCGAGUCUGUCGAGUCUGUCGAAUCUAUCGAAUCUGUCGAGUCCGGGUCUGCGCAACCCGUCCCUGCCGCCGUCUCAGCCGGGCUCGUAUAUACCGAGUCCUGGUGCAGCCCCCGUGGGGAACCCGUUUCUACCGCCCCUGGAUCUGGCCCCUCAUGCCUAUGUCCCAAUGGAUCCCCGGCCGCCCAUGGCCUCUCUCUUUGUGCCUCCGUCGUCAUCCACGAGCAACUACUCUCAGAUGCCGUACACCAACAGCCAGCUGGUCGCCCAGCCGCUGUCUGCCUCUGCCUCUAUGGUCGCUCCAUCCCAUCCCCUGCCGCCUCAAUCGCUCCAGCAGUCUCAACCAGCGCCCAACUUUAUCGGGGCAGCUCCGGCUUCGGCCAUUUCCCAGCCAUCCAAAAGCUGGGCCGGCCUGCCGACAACGACAACCCCGCUGCCCUCAAGAUCCAACCCGCCGCCGUACACCAGUCUGAGUCUCUUCUCCGAGUCGGCCGGCCUGUCGCCCGAGACCUCGUCGUCGACCGUCGUCACCCCGGACUCGUCCAAGCGGAGCAAAAAGGCCGUGGCCGAGUUCGACGGCGUAUGCCGGCUGUGCAGCCGGAUGUUCGCCACUAUGUACAUCCACGACAUUGUCGGCCUCGAAAGCCACUCCGGAUCGUGCCGCCUCGAGAUUCUGUGCCUGUCCUGCGAAGAUCAUCUGCGGGCCUCUGACUCGGGAUACAGCCGAGAGAGCCACGGCUACUUUGAGCUCGAGUGCCAUGUCUGCAAGCGAGACGUGGGCGCCGGAAAGGUCGAGGUUCUGGAGUCGGCCCAGCUCCAUCCGCGCAAGCUCGGCCGGUCCGGCCGUAAACUCUCGGUCUCUCCCAACACUGGUCUCGGGCAGUCCUAUCGAGACGUCAUCACCGACACCGAAGUCAUCUGCACGUCGUGCUCGACAAAGUACCGCAUCUGCACCGACUGCGGAGCCGGAGGCAAAUGGCGCACAGGCAAGUGGAGACCCACGGAGCUGUUUGCCGAUGGCAGACGUACAUGCAAGCUACAGCACUUGCGGACAGGCGACGUGCCUGUGGUCGACUAUCGCAUGUUCUCGCUGCCGCUGAGCGCCGAGUGCGGCAUCGCAAACGACAAGAUGGAAGAGUUUGUGGACGAGGUCUUGUCGGUGAUGACCAACGGCGCCAUCUCGCGGCUUGCGGCGCCUCCGAUCCUGGAGUACUCGCCAUGCUACAAGACCUUUGCGGACCUGCACAAGCGGCUCAAUGUCAUCACCACGGAGCUGCGCGACAGCCUGGAUCCGACAAAGCCCCUGGUCGAGGGCAUCCGGUACAUGCUGCUAGGCACCUGCUCGACCACGCAGCCGAAAAAGUCCAAGCGUAACGGCGCACCCAACAAGGAGAACUUUACUCUCGAGGACGGCUCCUCGCAGCACGCAGGUCCGAGCCGCAUCAAGCUGCCGACCUCGCAGGGCGGCGCCAAACCCCAGCGCGACUGGCGCAUUGUCGUCUUCCAGAUCUUCCAGUACAACUAUGCCUCCCAGACCAUCUUUGUGAGCUAUGGCGAAGACCUGCGGCCGGACAACAACUUUAUCAUCCCAUUCUCGGAGAUGUUUGCCCCGCUGACGGCCUUUAUCCAGACCGACACCGCGCACCGAGGGCUCCGUCCGCCCAGAUACCUCUACACCCUCACCCAGGACGCCCAUCGCAAGCCUGCCCAGCAGGAGGGCCCGUGGGUGCAGCAGCUCAAGCGAUACGGGUUCAUGCUUCUCUCCGACUUUAUCUCCAUGGCCCAGCUCCGGGGCGAGGUCGUGGAUCCGCAGUGGUUUGUGGAUCCGUACGGGCCCAAGGAGACCUACCCCGAGUUUACCUGCUAUGUCGCCGAGGUCGACCGGUUCCUGCAGAGCGUCAUGAAGGUCGCCAAGCGGCCGAUGGCCAUCUAAGCCGAGGGAGAGGGGAUGUGGAGCGCAUGCCGCUGUGCCGUUCUGGCCCGGGCUGAUCUGACAACAAUAUACGACCGAGAUUGGUGGGUUGCACUUGU